GGGAAACUGCGUGACAACAAGAUGGCGGCGCCGCGGGACGGCUCCGUGGCUCUGCGUGGGAGUACCUGACGGCUAGAAUCUAGAGUGAGAACUAUGAGCUCACCUCUGGCCUCCCUCAGCAAGACCCGGAGAGCGCCCCUGCCGUCAGAGACUGUGAUUCCUGGGAGACGUGUGAUAAGAAUCUACGGAGAUGGACACAGGUUGCUUCACUGUGGCCGGGGCCCAGGGCCUGCGUUUCCUCUGGGCUUCGGCCCCAGAGCAGUGAUCUGGGCAUCCCUGUCUGCAGAAGAUGAGGUGGAUAUGCUGAAUGAUGGACAUGGCUCGGAAGAAAGGAUCCCUGUCCCUUCCUGCUAUGGAAGCAUAGGUGCCUCUGUGAGUAGACAAGGCCUUGCAUCCCAUGACUCAGACCUGAUGGUCUCCAUGACGAGGAAGUUGCAGGAUCUAGAGCAGCAGGUGAAGAGCCAAACUGCUGAGAUGCUGUCCAAGGAUCAGAAGAUAUUGGCCCUGGAGGACUUGGUGCAGAGCCUCCAGCAACACCAGGGUGAGGUGACCCUGCAGCGGCAAGAGGAGCUGGAGACGAUGUGCAUGCAGCUGCAGCGGCAGGUCGGAGAGAUGGAGCGUUUCCUCAGUGACUACGGCCUGCAGUGGGUGGGCGAGCCCAUGGACCAGGAGGACUCGGAGGUCAAGACAGACUCAGAGGAAGGCGAGAGAGACUGGAAGACGACCAAGAAGUUCUGGAAGCCAGGUGGUCACUUCAGGAGAUGCUCAGGCCACUGCCCAGCAUGGGGAGGAGACGGGCUGCAGCAGCCAGGGAGAGGGGCUCAUGGGUGCCCAUCCUCUUUGCCAGGGGACUCGGUGGUGCCCCCUGAAGUAGACUUUGACAGGCUGCUGGCCAGCCUGAAGGACCUCAGUGAGCUGGUGGUCGAGGGCGAGACCCAGGUGACUCCGGUGCCCGGGGGGGCGCGGCUCCGUGUCCUUGAGCCCAUCCCGCUGAAGCUUUACUGGAACGGCAUCAUCAUGUUCGAUGGGCCCUUCCGGCCCUUCUACGAUCCCUCCACGCAGCGCUGCCUCCGAGACAUCUUGGAUGGGUUUUUCCCUUCAGAGCUCCAGCGGCUAUACCCUGAUGGCGUCCCCUUUCAGGUGAGUGACCUGCGCCAUCAGAUCUACCCAGAGGAUGGGCUGGGCCCGUUCCCAGGUGAGGGCCGCGUGGUGGGCCGGCAGAGGAUGCGCAAAACCUCGGACAGGAUGGAGCACUCAGGCUCCAGGAUGACAGCUGAGAAGUUUCUGAACAGGCUCCCCAAGUGUGUGAUCCGGCAAGGCGAGGUGAUUGACAUCCGGGGCCCCAUCCGGGACACCCUGCAGAACUAUUGCGCAUUUCCUGCUCGGAUCCAAGAAAUUGUGGUGGAGACACCGGCCCUGGUUGCGGAGCGUGAGAGGAGCCAGAAGUCCCCUGGGACGCCAGCACCCCCUCUCUGCAUGCUGCGCAUCAAGUCCGAGAAUGGUGAGCAGGCCUUCCUGCUAAUGAUGCGGCCUGAGGACACUGUGGGCGACGUGCGUGCCCUGCUAGCGCAGGCCAGGGCCAGGGAUGCCACCGCCUGCGAGAUCUUCAGCACGUUCCCUCCCACGGUCUACGACGACAAUGGGCUCACGCUGCAGGCCGCAGGCCUGGUGCCCAACGCGGCGCUGAUGCUGCGGGCACGCCGGGCCCCGCCGUCUGCCCCCGAGGCUCUCCCCAGCCUCAGUCCCGGCCCGGGACUCGGUCCCAGCCCGGAAUAAAGCGCCCGCCCCGA